AGGGUGACUGCCUAUUAUUCUAUUAGUUUAUCUUUGUUAUUGCUGGGUAGCUGAAGAUAAUACACAAAGUUCGUAUCGUGGGAGAGAAGAGGCGGAAAACAAAUAAAAAAAAAAGAGAAAAUAAAGAGGAAAAACUUAUCUAAGAAGCUAAAAGUCUGUGUUUCACAUGCUUGCUUAGCUUGGUGAGUGAUUCGUUCAACUGCAAUGUGAACCAUUCAUCAUAUUAAAAUGCGAGACAGGAAGUUUGAUAUCAAAAUUCGGCCAUUAAAGUGAACUCACUCGAUGCCUAAACCUAUAUAAUACUUGGGAAAGUUCUUUACGCAACGGGCAAGUUGUAGCGUUAUUUCAAAGCUCUGCCCUGUUACUCUGUGGCCGUUGGAGGCAGCAUGAGAAAUUGGAUGUCCUCCUGAAUGUUGAAACGGCAGAAAAUUAAUUGGUCUAACAAUCCAAUGAUUCCUUUGAGGCGAAAAAAGUUUCAAUUGGCGUGACCCUUUUAAAAACCAUUCAAUUUACGCGGCCGAGUCUGGUCAAGGGCAUCUGAAAAAUUACCCUUAUAAUUGAACCUUUUAAGAUGCCUUUGCUGCUGCGUCAUGGUACCUUGUUCGGUGGGCAGACUUUCCUAACUGAUUUCUGAACUGAGCCAAUCCUUUUAGGUAGGAAGCGUAGAAAGAAUAGAAUCAUCAACAGUACACUGCUCAAGUUUAGACAAAAUGGAGGACCCUAGUAUAGCGGGCACGUUUUGCUUCUUGUAUUGUAUAUCUGGAAAAAGGGGUGGGAUCAAAGUUAGAAUCCAUAUUAAAGGGGGUGGGGGUGGGGGGUUUUGGCACCGACUAGCUGCAAAGGGCAAUUGAUGACCCCACUGUCUUGGUCAAUAGGAGGCAAAAACAUGGAAAGAAAACGAAAAUUUGGGGAAUUGUAGGACAUAUCACCUUUCACAAAUGGAAAUUGCUUCAUGAUCACUCAAACACAUAUACCUGAAAUUCUAAUCCCUGUUUCCGCCACUAUAUUCAAAUUAGAACAAACCUUUUGGACUUGUGUUUUAAUGUAGUGUUAUCUCAGAGACAAACUUGGCUGAGCGUGUUUCUUCCUUGAUAAUUAUGCUCUUUAUUUUUGGUGGUAGAUGCCCCCUAUUACUUUUCUUUGACAAUGAUUCCCCAAAUCAAAAAUCGCAACGCCUGCAGCCUAUUCCUGUGGGCCUUCUCGCAAGAGUCAUACUACACGCUUCUGUCCGUUGAUGUAAUUUUAAUUAGCUAUCAAUUUCACCUUGAAAAGUUUGGUGCCAGUUUUAAUCUUACCAACAUAAUUUCAAAACCCAUUAAACCCACAAUCAUGUCGAUGAAUUAAAUUUCUCUAUUUACAGGAUUAAUCAUACUUCAUAUUAAUCGGCACAUUAUACGUUAUUGAUGGUGCCAAUUUUAUACUGUUUUCGUUGUAUGAUAAUAACAAGUUUAUAAAGAACGUCAGAUAUUGAUUAAACUUUUUGGUUUCAUUAAGAAAGAGGCAUAUAACAGCUUGCCAAACGCCAAAAAUGUUAAAUUUGCAAACGCGGCUCAGCAUAGUUUGCCUUUUUCCGCCGCAAAGACCUCGUCUCUAAUUUGUGAUUAUUCCUUAUGAUUACCCAUUAAUCACGCUCCCUUGCCUCAUGUUCAUCACGUGCCGUCAAUCUUCAUGUGGAUGGCUUUAUCCGUAUCUUGGCCCAACUGACCACCGCCCAGAAGCGGCUAAGCUGUCAAAGUCCUCUCUCCUUCUGCCACGUGGCCCACCCUUCGUCAAGGAAAUGAACAAGAAUAUAUUUUUUAAAAAAAGGAAAAUAGAAAUAGGGGCCAACGAACAAGAAAUACGCUUUAAAUUUGGCUACAAUUAAAAGAUAAUUCCCACUUAGAGUAUAUUGGACACCAAAAACAAACGACAUGUCGCACAUAUAUUAUGCACACAUUAAAUAGCUAAAUCCGCCUGACUAAAACCCAUACUCCUUGCACUUUUUUCCUCCUCAUUUCUUGUGUGCUCUCCUCUCUCCAAUAUGGAGCGGAAUAGAGGGCCUAUCAUCGGACGUGGCUCCACCGCCACUGUCUCCCUAGCCACCUCCGUUUCCUCCGGUGAGCUCUUCGCGGUUAAGUCCACAGACCAAUCCAAGUCUAUGUUCCUACAAAAAGAACAGUACUUUCUAUCUAAACUGAGCUGCCCUUAUGUGGUCAAGUACAUAGGCUAUGAUAUUACAAACGAAGAUAGCAAGCCUAUGUACAAUAUCUGCAUGGAGUACGUCCCCGGCGGUUCCCUACAGGAUGCGAUUCAGAGGCAUGGAGGUCAGCUAGAUGAGCCCAUGAUAAGAUUAUACGCAAGAGACAUCUUACGAGGCUUGGAGUACUUGCAUAAAAAUGGUUUGGCUCAUUGCGACAUCAAGAGCCAGAAUGUGCUGAUUAGCACAGAAGGAGCGAAAAUAGCCGACUUUGGCUGUGCCAAAUUUGUUGAAAAGGUUGACGAUGCCAUGUCAGAAUUUUCAGGUACACCGGCUUUCAUGGCUCCGGAGGUGGCUCGUGGAGAAGAGCAGGGGUUCCCAGCUGACUUGUGGGCUUUAGGAUGCACAGUUAUAGAAAUGGCAACUGGGAAUAUACCAUGGGCAGAGCAACAAAAUGACCCAGUAUCAGCACUGUAUCAGAUUGGGUUCUCAGGUGAGGUGCCCAAGUUUCCUAGCAGCUUAACAGAGACGGGUCAGGAUUUCUUGAGCAAGUGUUUAAGGAGAGAUCCAAAAGAGCGAUGGACGGCUAAAGAAUUGCUCGAUCAUCCAUUUCUUGAUGAUUUGGACUUGGAGCUAAAGGAAGUGGAGGAGUUUACUUCGAGUUCUCCAAGUUGUGUACUGGAUCAAGAUUUCUGGAGUUCAAUGGAAGCAUUAGAAAGUCCUCAGGGUUUAACAACUGAAGGUUUUUCGAAUUCGAAUUCUCCGGCAGAGAGAAUCAAGAAGUUGGUUGAAUGUACAUCCCCUGUCGAUGAACCCAACUGGACGUGGGAAGAGGAUGAUUGGAUUACAGUUAGAAGUACUUUCGAGGAGUGGGAUGUGAUCUCGGUGGAUGCACCUUCAGUUCCAACUGCAUUCUUGGCCUCAGAUUCAAUUGCUUAUGAUGAGGAGCUUGAAAGCUCAAUUUUUUAUGAAAAUAUGCUGAUGGAAUCCUUACUUGGAAAUGAAAACAUCAGUACUAAUGAAGGAUAUGAUAUUACAUCAGAAAAUGUCAAUUUUGAGAUCGAUAAUGAUAAAUCUUGUUUUCUUCAAUCUCAUUUCGUAUUAGUGCUUUGUUUUAGCUAUCUAUUCUUGCAAAUAUGUUCAUUGACAAGCUAAAAGCUCCCUUUGUUUUUUUUUUCCCCUGUUAAUCUGAGAUGACCAGUAGAUACAGAGACC